AUGAGCAAUCCAAAAACCCUGAAUGCCCUAAAGCUUAGAACUUUCGGACCUAAACUUGCAUCCCUCUACGGGAUGUAUUCCCCCGGGAUGGACGGCGAUAUGAUAUCGGCACUCCAGCUAGCAGGCAACCAACCAGCUCUGGAUGCAAUCACCGCAGCUGUACCAAGUGACUUCCUCUUUAUCAAGAGUCCAGCAAAGUACAUGGCAUCUCUAGACAAUGUUCAGAAAUUGCAAGUCUUGCCACCACAAACAAAGGCUGCAUGCGAUUUCCACCAUGCCAAAUCACUCCUUUCCCGCCGUCUACCUUCCGGACAGCUUACUAAAGACAGAAUCCAUGCCUACAUCGAAGAUAUUCGUGUUCUGACAAAAUUCUUAACCCUGGUUGCAAAAGAAGGUGUGAACAGGGGAUUGUUAACAUUGGCAAAAUCGAUGGAUGAUAACAAGUAUGCCCCCCAACUUAGAACCAUGUCUGUCAUGGCGUUGGCCCGAAUUGAUGCUGAAUUCUGCCAGAAAGUUUUGAGUUUAUUUGUUGACGGGCUCUACGUCUAUCUUGCUGUCAAUGUCCCUUUCUCCCGUGAUGACCUCGCAGCCGAGUUGAUGGAAAAUUGUCAGAUUGAGUUCCGGAAUGACGGUGUUAUCAAAGGUUCUUCAGAUGUUUUCAAGGUUGUUUCCAAAUCAGUUGACGCUGUCAGGCAAACAUAUCGAGAGGCAUUGCAGAAACACAAUGCUUCUCCAGAAGUGCAAAAUGCUGACCCUCCCCUCCCAGUUGCUCGAAUUGUGGUUCCAUUGGGCUCAUUCACCAGUGUUGAGCCACUGACAUCCUUGGAGUCUAUUGCUGACCUGUAUUUCAAUGAAAGUGCUACAUCAGGAACAAUUGGUGACUCUCUUGCAACUAUUGGCACCUCGGCGCCGCCACCAUCCAUGAGUGGCAACAGUGUAAAAAAGGCUUUAGCCAAAAGGGACAGUGUCGACAAUGAUGACAGUGAAAAGAAGAGAACCAAAAAGAGGAGGAAAAAGGAAAAGAAAGCGGAAAAGAAGAAUCAACUUGCUGCUGCAUUGGCAAAGGCUAAAGCAAAGAAGGAAUGGAAGAAACGGAACAAGGAGGAAGCAAAGACUCGAUUGGUGCUCGAGCAGGAGCAACUUGCCACAGCGGCAAAGAACCACUUGGCCGAACAAGAUCAACUGGCUGCUGCAGCCCAAGAGAAGACGGAAGAAGAGGAACGGAACAAGGAGGAAGCAAAGACUCGAUUGGUGCUCGAGCAGGAGCAACUUGCCACAGCGGCAAAGAACCACUUGGCCGAACAAGAUCAACUGGCUGCUGCAGCCCAAGAGAAGACGGAAGAAGAGGAACGGAACAAGGAGGAAGCAAAGACUCGAUUGGUGCUCGAGCAGGAGCAACUUGCCACAGCGGCAAAGAACCACUUGGCCGAACAAGAUCAACUGGCUGCUGCAGCCCAAGAGAAGACGGAAGAAGAGGAACGGAACAAGGAGGAAGCAAAGACUCGAUUGGUGCUCGAGCAGGAGCAACUUGCCACAGCGGCAAAGAACCACUUGGCCGAACAAGAUCAACUGGCUGCUGGGGCUGCAGAGGCUCAAGCAAAGAUUCAAGAGCAAACAAAGAAGGCACAGCAGAUGCUGGGGCAGCAACUGGCAGCACACCUGAGCAGUAACAACAAUGCCGCAAGCAAAAAGAUGAAGGUGGCAGCGGUCAAGAAGAAAAAGGAGAAGGUCACAGUCACAAAGAAGGCACCAGCAGGCAAGGCGACUGUACCAAUUAACCAUGACGGCUGUCAUUGUCACCGCAAACAAUUGAUAGAUUUACAUGUCAUGGAAGCAGGGGAUGUCCAGUACUACACAAAGGAAACGUCCGUUUUGCCCUUGAGCAAGCUUCUCCAACAUUCCAGGUGCAAAGGGGUAUGCCAAUCUUACGGAAAGUCUUUGUCGACCCAGGUCCACUAUUGCCUGGCUUGUGUGAGUGAAUCUGGAGGCAAGCCAGAAGGGCAACCCCACCAGUUGUCACUUUCGUGGUAUUGUUCUUCCUGUUACAGUACAAAGAACAAAAAUGCACCCACUUCUUCUCGCCGUCGCGUUCCCAGUGCCAAACAUAAGAGUUUGAAUCAUUAG